AUGACGCAGGACAUCCCCUCGCAGAGGCUGAGAGCCGUUGAUAUCUACGGCAAUAGCUGGGUCUUCCGCCACGUGUACAGGGGCUCGCCCAAGCGGCACCUCCUCACAACCGGGUGGAGCGCGUUUGUGUCCACCCGAGGGCUUUUGGCGGGCGACAGGGUUCUCUUCGUGCGGGGUCAAGACGGCUACCUCAAGGUCAGCAUCAGAAGGAAGACUGUGCCACCUGUCGCCACGCCAUUGGCCUACGGAAUGUUCGCGAGCGGCACGGGAGGCAGCAGCAUGGGCCCGGGGGGCAUGGAUGUGGAGGGAACGGUGCGCAUGGCCACAAUGGGCUAUGAGCGCCGAUGCCCCUUCACUGUUGUCUACCACCCUCGGCUGCCGGGCUCCUCGCCCUUCCUCAUCCCGCUCUCCACCUUCUGCCUCUCUCUCCUGCGCAAGCAGCACCUGCGCUCCGGUACUGAGCUCCGAGCGCCCUUUGAGGCCGAAGACUUCACCAUGCGGAGAAGUCUCAUGACCACUUCGUUCCCUUCCCCUGCUUUCCCCGUCCCUUCGUUCCACCCACCAAUGCCACCGGGGCUGAAGGCUGCGGGGCAUAGUGGCAGGAGUGGGGAGCACCUCCUCCGUGUGGCCGCAAUCACAGUGGCGCUCAGUCAAGGCAAUAGCCCUCCCGCCUUUCCUCCCCCGGAAUGCACUGAAGCAGCUGUUGCUGCCGAAGCUGUGGCUAGGACCGCUGGUUCAGCAGAAAGGCCGCUCAAUGAGCGGAUGCCACGUGGAGCCUCCACACAGGUUGACUGGCUGGCCAUUGGGCAGCAGGGAGGAGGACAAACGGCCGAUUGGCUAGUCGAGGGGGAGAGGAGGGAUGGGGCGAAAGUAGAGACGGGAGAGGGGGGAAUGGAGAGCGGAGAGCGGAAAGAGGAGAGAGCCGAUUGGGCGAAUGAGAAGAGGACGGGGGAGAGGAGGGCGUUGGAUGUGGUGUAUGGUGAGGGCGGGCUUGGGCGAGAUGAGGAGCUGGUGGUGGGGGAGUGCAAGAAGCCAAGAGUGGAUGAAACGAUCGCGAGGGGCAGUGUGCUCAACACAGGCCAAAGCUCUGUGUUCAGAGAAGGGUGCCUCAUAGCCCGCACGGUGUACCUCGGACUCUUCUCCGACUUCCCCGCCCUCCACGCUCACAUCGCUGCCAUGUUUGGGCCAGCACUCAAGGCAGGCAGGGAAGCAAGGGCGCGUGCACACAGUACCAAGGCGAAGGGCAGCAUUGGAGAGGAUGGUGGGGCUGCUGCUGCUGCUGCUGCUGGUGCCGGCACGAUGGGUACUACCGGUGGUACAGGUGGUGCUGGUGCUGCUAGUGAGUCAGACGAUGGUGGUGACGUGCUGGCAGGGUGGCGCUUGGUGUACGAGGACAGCGAUGGGGACACGCUGCUUGUGGGCGACGGAACUUGGAC